UUUAGAGCGAAACAACAUUCAGUGCUACAUUCGUAAACAUGCUUCCACUUUUCACCUCGCAGACACUUUAAACCCAGCCUGAUUAAACCGCUCACUAACUGCAGGGACAGUCCCAGUGUGGAAAGACGCACAUUAUGCUGUUGAAAUGACCUCCCAGAUGGGAUAAGCUGCUGUAAAUGGACUCGAACUACCAGUCCUGUGCAGUUUCUGGUUUCUCCAAACCGUGGUGUAGCUGAAAGUGCCCAGAUGGAUGAUGUUCGUCACGUCAGCAGGAUCAUAACCAUCAAGCAACAAAUCAGACGCAACAUCGAGCUCGACUCUUCAGGAUCACACAUAACUCCUUCUCCCAGCAAGGCUCACAGAUGUUCUGGAGAGACAUUUCUAUCAGUCCAUGAAGCGUUCCAGUGUACACACUGGCGGUGUUGGAGAUCAUGGUUCGUUCAGAGCGCGUUUGAGGAGCUGUCAUGUGUUUGUGAGGACGAAUCCAAGGCAAAGAAAGACCCCUGUAACUGCUGUGUUCUUCAAAGCACUGGAGAUUAUCAGAUAAAGUUUGUGAUGGAUUUCGUCGUGACCCCCGCUGAUAAUUCCAGUGAUGAGUUUAACUCAUCUCAACAUUUAAAUGCAGACACUGACGAACAGUAUCACAAUGUUCUCAUGCCAAGCAUUUAUGGAGUCAUCUGCUUCGUCGGUAUAAUUGGCAACUGCAUCGUCAUCUACACCAUCGUCAAAAAAAAUAAGUUCAGAGCGCAACAGACGGUGCCUGACAUCUUCAUCUUCAGCCUAUCUAUCGCAGAUCUUCUGUUUCUCCUAGGCAUGCCGUUCCUCAUCCACCAACUUGUGGGAAACGGUUCGUGGUGUUUCGGUGCCACCAUGUGCACCGUCAUCACGGCGCUGGACUCUAACAGUCAGAUCGUGAGCACCUACAUUUUAACGGUCAUGACGUUGGAUCGAUACUUGGCCACGGUUCAUCCCAUCCGCUUCAAGCACAUACGCACUCCAUGCGUGGCCGUGGCGGUCGUGGGUCUGGUGUGGCUCCUCUCGCUGCUGUCCAUCACGCCGGUGUGGAUGUACUCCGGCCUCAUGCCCCUACGGGACGGAUCGGUGGGAUGCGCUCUGCUCCUUCCCAAUCCGGCUACAGAUACGUACUGGUUUACUCUCUACCAGUUUGUGCUGGCGUUCGCUUUGCCGUUGGUGAUCAUUUGCGUGGUGUUUUUCAAGAUCCUCCAGAACAUGGCCGCCACGGUGGCUCCACUUCCCCAGCACAGCCUUCGCAUGCGCACUAGAAAGGUCACUCGGAUGGCCGUCGCCAUAUGCCUGGCGUUCUUCAUUUGCUGGGCGCCUCAUUACAUCUUGCAGUUGGCACAUCUGAGCGUGCAGCGGCCCAGUUACGCCUUCCUGUACGCUUAUAAUGUCGCCAUUAGCAUGGGCUACGCCAACAGCUGCAUCAACCCGCUGCUCUACAUCAUGCUGAGCGAAACCUUCAAAAGACAAUUCAUCGUAGCCAUCCGUCCAGCACACAAAGAUUUCCGGGUUGAUCCAGCCGACGGGAGUGUCAGUCUCCGUCUGGCCCCUGACGGAGCGCAGCAGUCUCAGUCCUCCCGCGAGCUGCUGCCGGUUACCGUGGCUGUGCACUGAAACGGCACUGACUCAUGCUCAACUCAUUUUUUGUGUCUAUAAUAGGCAUGCAGGUGAAAAGAAGUCAUGAAGAGUCUUACAGAAUUGCUCAUUAACAGUUCGUGGUUUGAAAUGGAUCUGUGAUGAGGCACAUUUUCCUUGGCAUAUUUCUGUGCGCUGAAGUAUACACAACCCAAUUAUAGCAACAUUUUUACACUGCAGUGAUUCAAUACCUUGCAGAAGCAUUUACAGCCAUUUGUUUUCUGUAAAAUAGGGCUACUGAAAGUCUCUUUUGCUCACCAAGUCUACAUUAAUUUGAUUAAUUUGGUCAAUUUAAAAUAACUGUUUUCUAUUUUAAUUUUGAAUUGUAUUU